AAAUGCCUGGUCCGACCCAUGGUCCCAAUGUGCAGAGUGUCAAACUCAACUGGUCCGAUCCGAAAUAAAAUGGGUUGAAGAAGUUUUUUUCACCCCAUUCAUGGGUCCAAUUAGGACCAAAGAUGUCAUAUAACAAAGCUUGCCUGAACCAUUCAUUGGAUAUUAUGUCUGCUAUGUUCAAUUACUACUGACCUUCCUAAAAUUAAGUAAUUCUUUGUAUACACAUAAUACAGGUUAAUUAUUCAGUAGUCCUAAAAUAAAAAAAUGUCUCAAUAUGUAUUGCGAUUUCUUAUUUAUCGAGAGUAACUCGUAAAUAAUGUCACAUAGUAUUCUAAAAGUAUUUAGUAAUUUUCCAAUAAUAGGUUCUUUUGCUAAUAGUAGAAAAUUUCACAACAAUGUUAGGGAUUUAGAAAAAUGUAUAGAAUUUGAAAUAUGUAAAUUAGAUUGAUAUUGGGUGUGAUCCACAACAUGUCAAACUUAAAAAUUUACAUUACACAAUCAAACUCGAGGCAUUUUUUAAGGGUUUUUUUUGUCACUAUAUAAAAUUUUAUGCACUUGUUAUGCUUUCCACCAUAAUAAGACUCAUACAGAGUUUAACAGUUCGAUAUAUAAAAUUUAAAUAAAAUGACUUGUUUGUUUUUUCAGAAUCACACAUUCUAAAAUAAUGCCAUUUAAAGUAAAUAAACAUCCAUGAUAGAUGAUCCUAAUCCAACAAGAUGAUAUUGGUGCAUGCCCAAAUUAGCCUUGGACCAGCUGUUUUUUGUUUUUUUUGGUGGAUAUUCUUAAACACAAAGAAACAUCCUAAUUAUAGGCCAACUAUGUACCCCAACAAUAGAGUAUCACCAUGAACAACCAAAUCCCUUUCACCACCACCUAGAACAACUCUAUCCAUCUCCAACCUAUCUCAUUCCUCUCAUCCCCCCAUCCCUUUAUCAUGUAAAUACUUCAACCCUACUAAUGGAGAAAUAACACCUCUCUCUCUCUCUCUCUCUCUCUCCACGCCCUCCAAUCUUUUUCUCUCUUUUCAUUAUCAUGAGUCUCAAUUGCCUGACAUGUCAGAGCCUGCCAAGAGUAGACUCAGAGAAAGAACUCACCGAGAGUUCUGACAAGCCCCUUUUUACGCUACGUCGUUUUAAAAAUGUAGAUAGAACAUGGUCAGGGAACCUAGCACCACCCAGGCCUUAUGAGAAAAUAAGAAACCAUAACGAGUCUGCCAUGGCCAGAAAGGCGGCCAAGAACAACCACCACCGGCUCCAUGGUAGCGGACCUAUCGGUUAUGAUAACGGACCCAAGCUGGUGAGGAGCAGUGGGAUGAGAAGGGAUUGGAGCUUUGAGGACCUGAAACAAAGAAGGGAAGUGCAAGGACAUUGAAACAUUGAACUAUUGCUAUAACGUAAUAAUUCCCUUAUUUUCUUUUAUUAGUAUAUAUGAUUUUUAUUUAUUUAUUUAUUUUUCUUCCAUGGGUUGAGCCAAAGAAGAUCAUAGAUGUUUUGUGUUGAAGCUUGAUUGAUGGUGGAUGGUUAUGCUUAUAAAUAAAGUGUACCAAAAUUACCGAGAACUGUAUCCGGUUGAAUAUUUGUCAAGAUGGUUAUUUGAAUUCACAUGCAUUUGUUUGAUAGUUUUCAUUAUUGAUUCAGACUUUUCAAAGUUUUUUUUGGUAAUAAUCAAAUCAAUAUUUCACAUGAUGGUCAAACAAAACAACAAAAUUGUAGAGAAAAUCAAUACAUGAUUGAGCAUUUAUGUGAAUUUUGAUUUCAAUUUUCUAAAUUUAAUUUUUUGAAAAUUAAUUUUUUUUAUGGUUUAUUUAUUGAU